CCCUUUUCAUCAAUAUACACCACACCAGAGAGACUAGAUAUGAGUGGGCGUCCUAUUGUUAGAUAGAACCAAAGAUAAUUCAGUAUGAAUAUAUCGUACUCUGGGACCUCCCCAUCCAGACUUUUUUACGGUCUUCUUAGUGGACAUGAACCCUUGUGUCUGCCUAACAGCUGCUAUAGGCAACAGCGAGUGCAAUGCGCACAACAUGGGAAACAUUUACAGUUUUGCAUGUCAGUAAUCAAGUCUUCAAGGUACAUAACUUUUAAAAUGCAGAAAUACAUCCAGAAUUUUCUCGCCAAUUUCGUGGUAUCAAAUUGGUAGUUACAGUCUUGUCCCAUCGCUGCAACUCCCGUAUGGACUCGGGAGAGGCGAAGGUCGAGAUCCGUGCGUCCUCCGAAACACGACAUAGCCAAACCGCACUGCUUCUUGACACAAUGCCCGAUUAAACCGAAACCGGCCGCACCAAUGUGUCAGAGGAAACACCGUACACCAGGCAACCCUGUCAGCUCCAGGCAACCCUGUAGCUCCAACCGCUCUAACCGCUCCGGUAACCAAUUUGACCGAAACACCAAAUAUCCCAGUACCAACUAUCCAAGUACCAACUACCCAAGUGCCAAAUACAAAGGCAGCCCCAGCAACAGAGGAGCCAUUGACCAGCCCUCAACUGUCACUGCAGUUCAGCCUGACAUCUAACUUUACUAGCUCUCUGAGCAACAGCAGUUCACCAGAGUUCCUGGCAUUGGCUAAACAAGUGUCUACACAGCUGGAUAACUUGUUCAAGGCUGAAUUUGGAGCCAGAUUUAUUCAAACUGUUGUCAAUAGAUUCCGGUCAGGAUCAAUUGUGGUGGAGUGUACGUUGAUUUUCAACAACGUCAGCUUAGUGCCUAACACUAGCCUGGCAGCACAAACUUUACAAACUGCCAUUACUUCCAACACCUCUGGCCUGACCUUGCCUGUCAAUUCAUCCUCCAUUGUGGUCACGCGCACUACUACAAUGACUACUGCAGCUCCAACCGCAGCAACCACCACCGUUGCAGCAACUGCUGCUUCAACUGCAGCAACUGCUGCUUCAACUGCAGCAACUGCUGCUUCAACUGCAGCAACUGCUGCUUCAACUGCAGCAACUGCUGCUUCAACUGCAGCAACUGCUGCUCCAACUGCAGCAACUGCUGCUCCAACUGCAGCAACUGCUGCUCCAACUGCAGCAACUGCUGCUCCAACUGCAGCUGUCACCACGCCACCUCCAACAGUGGCCACCACCACCAACGCUGCUCCGGCGGCAGCCACCACCACUGCUGUCGCAUCAACUGAUCCUCCAUCUUCUAGUGAAGGAACCCUGAGUCUUCGGUUUAGCCUCAACCAGAUGUUCACCUCAGAUCUUGCCAACUCGUCCUCUUCAGCAUUCAAGGCUCUGGCUGGCACAGUGGUCUCGGAGCUGGAUAACUUGUUCAAGGCUGAAUUUGGAGCCAGAUUUAUUCAAACUGUUGUCAAUAGAUUCCGGUCAGGAUCAAUUGUGGUGGAGUGUACGUUGAUUUUCAACAACAUCAGCUUAGUGCCUAACACUAGCCUGGCAGCACAAACUUUACAAACUGCCAUUACUUCCAACACCUCUGGCCUGACCUUGCCUGUCAAUUCAUCCUCCAUUGUGGUCACGCGCACUACUACAAUGACUACUGCAGCUCCAACCGCAGCAACCACCACCGUUGCAGCAACUGCUGCUUCAACUGCAGCAACUGCUGCUUCAACUGCAGCAACUGCUGCUCCAACUGCAGCUGUCACCACACCACCUCCAACAGUGGCCACCACCACCAACGCUGCUCCGGCGGCAGCCACCACCACUGCUGUCGCAUCAACUGAUCCUCCAUCUUCUAGUGAAGGAACCCUGAGUCUUCGGUUUAGCCUCAACCAGAUGUUCACCUCAGAUCUUGCCAACUCGUCCUCUUCAGCAUUCAAGGCUCUGGCUGGCACAGUGGUCUCGGAGCUGGAUAACUUGUUCAAGGCUGAAUUUGGAGCCAGAUUUAUUCAAACUGUUGUCAAUAGAUUCCGGUCAGGAUCAAUUGUGGUGGAGUGUACGUUGAUUUUCAACAACAUCAGCUUAGUGCCUAACACUAGCCUGGCAGCACAAACUUUACAAACUGCCAUUACUUCCAACACCUCUGGCCUGACCUUGCCUGUCAAUUCAUCCUCCAUUGUGGUCACGCGCACUACUACAAUGACUACUGCAGCUCCAACCGCAGCAACCACCACCGUUGCAGCAACUGCUGCUUCAACUGCAGCAACUGCUGCUUCAACUGCAGCAACUGCUGCUUCAACUGCAGCUGUCACCACGCCACCUCCAACAGUGGCCACCACCACCAACGCUGCUCCGGCGGCAGCCACCACCACUGCUGUCGCAUCAACUGAUCCUCCAUCUUCUAGUGAAGGAACCCUGAGUCUUCGGUUUAGCCUCAACCAGAUGUUCACCUCAGAUCUUGCCAACUCGUCCUCUUCAGCAUUCAAGGCUCUGGCUGGCACAGUGGUCUCGGAGGUGAACAAGAUUUUUGUUAACACCCUAAGCUUCAAUCGUUCCAUUGUCAACUCAUUCAAGAGUGGCUCCGUAGUUACCAACAUGACACUUGUGUUCAGUAACAAAAAUUCGGUUCCCAGUGCAGGCAGCGCACAGGCAACUUUCACCAGCAGUUCCACCUCCCUGAACAUCCUACAGGGCAGCGUCAGUGUUGAGUCAUCAGUCAAUUCAGGAAGUGCUCCCCGACCCACUGCCUUCUGUCUGUCUGCCUUGCCUCUCACGUUGGCACUGCUAAUGGUACAGUUGCUGGCUAACUAAUAGCUUGUGUCAUAGCUACUGUGGCAUUGGCUUGACCAAUGAACUUGACCAAUUUUGACCAAUUUUCCAGCUCUCAUAGAGACACCCUUAAGAUGAAUGACCUGCUUUAGCAGAAGAAUGCACAAUGGACUGUACCUGUGUUAAUUACAAAAUAAGUAUCUAUUUCAUACAUACCCCCAAGUACACAAAAACAAAAACACACCUUUUUGAUGUCAAGUAUGAUAUUUGUGACAUUCCUUAAGACUUCGUGUGUUUUUUUUCUGCUUAUGAGUAUUGAUAUUCAUAGUAUUGAUAAUUAAGGGAUAAAACAAAGGUAUGGAUUUUUUUUGACAAACCAAUGCUAAAAUGUGGCAAGGUAAAAUGCCUUAUCUUUCAAGUGACUGUAUUUCCACUUAUCCAUAUAGGCUCUCAAAUACAUUACUUAUUUAUUUGCAGCUUGCACAUGUUUUAUCUGUUAGAUUUAUAUGGAAAAUAACUUAAACAAUUAGAAAACCUUCCCUGCAACAUGAGACAUCCAAAUCCUAUUGUAUAAUUUGUUUGCUUUUGUGUUGCCUCUUUAAUUAGGAACUGCUUGUAACUACUGCAUUUAACUACUACAUUUAACUACUGCAUUUAACUAUUGCAGACCAAAUACCUUUAUGAUAUUUACUUUGAGUUAUUUUGGGCAUAUCACUGAAGUGUCAAAGUGGCCGAGGAACUAAUGCGGACCACUGCCCUGUUUUAAAAACAUUGUAACGUCUUACCUUGUUAAUAAUAUUCAAUCCAGUAUGUAAAACCCAUAGAAGUACAUUUUCUUCAUUACUGUUUUAAUAUAAUUAUAUUUUGGGUCAUGUAAGUGCGUUGAAUAAUUCAUUUAUAAAUCAUUUACAAUAUGAGUUACCAUGUAAGUAACAACUUACAAACAAGCGCCCCAAAUGAUGUUAUGAACAGUAAUCAUAUAUUUAUACUGAACAAAAAUAUUAAACGCAAAGUCUCAUGUUUCAUGAGCUGAAAUAAAAGAUCCCAAAAUUUGUUAACAUCCCUGUUAGUGAGCAUUUCUCAUUUGCCAAUAUAAUCCAUCCCCCUGACGUAAACUCAGAUAUUUGGAUAUAAAUAUGAACUUUAUCGAACAAAACAUACAUGUAUUGUGUAACCUGAAGUCCUAUGAGUGUCUUCUGGUGAAGAGCAUCAAAGGUUAGUGAUUAAUUGUAUCUCUGUUUCUGCUUUUUUGUGACUCCUCUCUUUGGCUGGAAAAAUGGCUGUAUUUUUCUGUGACUAGAUGCAGACCUAACAUAAUCAUUUGGUGUGCUUUCGUCGUAAAGCCUUUUUGAAAUCGCACACUGUUUAUCUUUAAAAUGGUGUAAAAUACUUCUAUGUUUGACGAAUUUUAAUUAUGAGAUUUCUGGUUUGAAUUUGGUGCCCUGCACUUUCACUGGCUGUUGUCAUAUCAAUCCCAUUAGCGGGAUCUAAGCAAUAAGAAGUUUAAACUAGACAUUUGUGGAGUCUUGAUGAGAUUUGAUGACUCCAACCUAAGUGUAUUUAAAUUUCCGACUUCAACUGUGGGUUAGUAUUGUGGAGUAACUCAAAUGUUGUUGAUCCAUCCUCAGUUUUCUCAUAUCACAACUAUGAAACUCUGUAACUGUUUUAAUAAGGAUCGGAUAUGACUAUUCUUGAUACCAUUUGAAAGGAAACACCUUGAAGUUUGUUGAAGUGUGAAAUGAAUGUAGGAUAAUAUAACACAUUAGAUCGGGUAAAAGAUUAUACAAAAUAAAAAAACAUGUUUUA